AUGAUUAAAACCAAUGGUUUGAUUGACAAUGAUGGCGUUGAAUGGGAAAUUGAGGAGGUUGUUCUGGAAAAGGGGCACACCGGGCUUGGUUUUAGUAUCGCCGGUGGCCUUGACCAACCAUACAUCGAUGGUGACCCGUCAAUCUACGUGACGAACAUUAUACCAGGCGGAGCCGCAGCAGCUGAUGGCCGAAUGAAAGUUCAAGACAUUAUUAUGAAAGUGAAUGCAACUGACUGUACAAGAGCACCUCACGAAACCACCGUAAAUGCUCUGAAAAAUGCAGGCAAUGUGGUCAGACUGGUAUUGAAACGACGCCGUUCGGGCCGCGAAAGUGUUGGUUUGGGUGGAAGUAUUUUGUCACCGUACGUUUCACCGUUGCAUGAUGGAUCGCCUUCUGCGCCCGGAUAUCCGCCACCUGCUCCACCAUCUCAUGGCUCAUUCACAAAUAUUCCAAUUCAGAGGUCACUGCGAGAAAUUGAGCGAUUGGAGCGAUUGCCAGGCGUCCAAAGAAUUGACUUAUACAAGGCAUGUUUUGAAUUCGGUACAAAAGGACUGGGAUUUAGCAUAGCUGGAGGAGUUGGUAAUGAGCAUGUGGCUGGCGACACUGGUAUCUACGUAACCAAAAUCAUCGAUGGUGGUGCAGCUUAUCAAGAUGGCCGUCUGAGAGUCGGAGAUAAACUCUUGGCAGUGGAUGACACAAUUCUCGAAAAUGUGACGCAUGAAUUCGCUGUUAACACGCUGAAACAGACCGCAUCGAAAGUUACUUUGUUCUAUGUGAAAAACCCGCACCCAGAACUGCUGCCGGUUUCGACGUUCGAUGACAGUGCCAGUCGUUCAUUUGGAGCUCCAUCAACACCUGUGCGAUCAGCAGGCUCUCUGCAUCAUGACUCAUACGAAGCGCAGCAGUCAUUCCAUGUAGUAGCACCGCAAGAAUUGCCGUUGGGUCCACGUACCAUACCGCUCAAUCGUGGCAUGCAAGGCCUGGGAUUUAACAUUGUUGGCGGUGAAGAUGGUGAACCGAUUUAUAUCAGUUACGUUCUACCUGAAUAUGCGCAGUUCGAAGCUAAAAUUGAGCAACUUCGUCGAGACAUGAUGAGUGGCGGUUUGGUAACAUAUGGUGCACCACGUAAAGAACUUUUUAUCAGAUCGAUGUUUGACUACGAUCCAUCACGUGAAGCAGGCGUCCCGCAUCGUGCUCUCUCUUUCUACUACGGCGAUAUUCUGCACGUUACGAACACAGCUGACGAUGACUGGUGGACUGCACGUGUGGUAACCGAAAAUGGUGAAGAAGGCCUGGAAGGUGUUAUCCCGUCAAAGAAACGCGUUGAAAAAAAGGAACGACAGAGGCGAAAGCAGGUAAACUUCAACGCGGGCAGCCAAAGUUUGCCACGUGGUAUGGAUGGACGACGUGGUUCACGUUCACAGCUGUCGUUUUCACGUAAAUUCCCGUUUGUCAAAAGUACUGAAAAGCUCAAUGAAUUCACUGAUAAUGAACGAUUGUUUUAUGGUUCUUCAUAA